AUGUCGAUGAGCCUCAGCAUCGCCGGACUGAACCCCAGCCUAAGCGACGUCCCGGAAGUCGAGGAGACGUCUGCUGAUGGCUCGUCAUCUGGUGCUGGCGACAGAGCAAACACCAUCAACUCGCCGUAUCUUGGUAGCCCGACACCGUCCACCUCGUCCUUCAACGUCCCCGCCGUUCAAGUAUCCCGCUCGAGCUCAAAUCCAGGAGCUACAGGCGGAAUUUCGAGAAAGGCUUCCAGCAUCAGAACAUUGGGGAAAUCGUCGUCCAGCUCAAUGGAUAUCGUUGGCUAUGGCAGUGGCUCGACGCCCCCAACAUCCUCGCUGUCUGGCUCAACCUCCAGCUUGUCCUCCUCGACGGCCACUCUCAAACGUAAACCGAGCUCGAGUUCACAAAGUCGCUCAGCAGCCUCCCCGCAGCCUCCCCACUCUCCCAAGCCUGGAUCGUCGGCCCACACGCUACAGAAAUAUCGCAGCAACCCUCGGCUUCCGAAUGAUAAAGAGUGCGCGAGGGUGCCCUCCACGAUGAUGUACUGGUCUCGUGCCCCAGUGUACGGCGCGAUCCCGAUGCGUACUUUUCGUGCUCAUACAGUGACAUUAGUGGACAAUGUCGCUUGGCUAUUCGGUGGUUGUGACGAUAAGGAUUGCUGGAAAGAUAUCUAUCUAUUUGAUACAGAAACUAUGCAGUGGUCUCAUCCAGAUACGACUGGUGACACGCCGCCACCGUGUAGAGCGCAUACGGCCACUCUUGUCGAUCGCAAGCUGUUCAUCUUCGGCGGGGGUCAAGGCCCGACUUAUUACAACACAACGUUUAUCCUCGACGUCAACACGCGGCGCUGGUCCAAGCUCCCCAUGCCCAAAGUCAAGAACAGCAGCAACCUUGCCAUCAAGUCAGGAAAAGAGGACUCCAGCACGAACGAGGUCAGCAAAGACGGUAGCAAGACGAACAACGGCGUAGACGAUUCAUCUGAAGAGCUAGAGUACCGCGUCCCCGCCCCGCGACGCGCACAUACGGCCGUGUUCUUCGCAGGUCGCGUGUGGAUAUUCGGAGGUGGGAACGGCAUGACUGCGCUGAACGAUGUGUGGACUCUCGAUGUGGCCCGCGGAGGCGAUGGGAACGACGGCGGAGGCAACUCUUCAUCAACGAAAGGCAGCGCGACUGCAUCAUCGUCGUCUUCGUACUCUCAUCUGCGCUGGGAGGAAGUUCAAACCGUCGGGAGAAAGCCCACGCCCCGAGGCUACCACACCGCCAAUCUCGUAGGAGACGUCAUGGUGGUUGUCGGAGGCAGCGACGGGAAAGAGUGCUUCUCUGAUAUCUGGUGUUUGAACUUGAUCACCCUUGUAUGGAGCCAGGUCAAGCUCCAAAUUGCCCACAGACGUCUAUCUCACAGCGCAACGCAAGUCGGAUCAUAUCUCUACAUCCUCGGGGGGCAUGAUGGAAACGAAUACCGCUCCGACCUUCUCCUCUUCAACCUCGUAUCUCUGCAAUACGAAUCGAGGCCUGUCGCUGGAAAGGGCCCGAGUGCUCGUGGAUAUCACGUCUCGCUGCUCGCGGAUUCACGAAUUUUCCUCUUCGGAGGGUAUAAUGGACACAAUGCCUUCGAUGAUGUCCAUAUCUUGGACCUAGCGGCAGCCGCGUAUCUCCCACAGGUUACUAGCUUUACCAUUGAAGCGUGA